GCUGCUUCUGCGGAGUGGCUACAAAUUUAAUUUGAAAAGAAGUUAAGGAAGCAUAAGAUAGCGAAAAAAUGUCCAAGUUUUUCGCCGCUUCGGACUCGGAUAGCGAGACUUCGAGUGAUGAAAUGAUUCAAGACCACCGCCAAAUACGAACUCAGGCGGUUACGUACCAAUGGAGUGACUCUGAAGAUGAAGAAAAGAGAGUUGUUCGAAGCAUGAAAGAUAAGAGAUUCGAUGAAAUUAAGAAUGUCAUCAAACAUGUGACAAAUCAUAAAAAAAUUAAAGAUAUGGCGAAAGUCUUAUCCAGUUUUGAAGAUUUGUGCAAGGUUUAUGAAAAAUCAAGAAGGGUUUUGGAGAAAGAAUCAAUUUCAACGCCAAGGUUUUUCAUUAAAUGCCUGGCAGAAUUGGAAGACUUUAUUAACGAGGUUUGGGAAGAUAAGGAGGGCAAGAAACUAAUGAGCAAAAAUAAUGCCAAAAGUUUGACAGCUUUAAGACAAAAAUUUCGUAAAUUUCUGAAGCAAAGUUUUGAGAAUGAAGUCAAUAAUUAUAGAGCAGCACCAGAUGGGGAAGAAGUGGAAGAAGAAAGCGAAGAAGGUGAUCAAGAAAAGGUCGACACCGUUGUUCCCAAGGAAGAAGUUCCCAAAGAAAUUCCAGAGGAACAGUCCGAUUCCGAUUCUUGGUUUGAAAGUUCUUCGUCUGAAGAGUCCAGCGAUGACGAUCCAGAAAAUUUGACUCUUGAAUACUUCAGAAAGAAUCGUACGGCUGAUGGAGAUUCAAAGAAGAAAAAAACUGAGAAAAAGAAAAAGCCCAAAGAAUUCAAACCGAUUCGUGAUAGCGAUGAGGAAUGGACUGAAGUUACAUCGGUGGAACGACCUAAAUUAUUCCCUAAAGAUGCAGAGAUCACCAUAGAAGCUGUACUAAAAAAAAUGGUUGAAUUUGUUGCAACAAGAGGGAAAAAAGGCACAGACAGAUAUCAAAUGGUAGAAGUAUUGGUUGAACUAAGAAAAAUUUGUUUUGCACAUAAUUUAGGAGAUGGAAUUCAAAUAAAAAUUCUAUUCUCCUUGCUGCCUGCUAUUUUUGAUUACAAUCCAAACAUGGCCACUUGCAUGAAAAGCGAAAUGUGGGAACAAACCCUGAUUUGUAUGGAAGAACUUAUGGAAUUACUAGAAUGUAAUCCCGAUAUUCAUGUUGGUGAGCAUAUUCCGGAAGAUUCAGAAUGUCUAGAAGGCGAAGUUCGCAUUCGAGGCUCUAUUUUAUCACUCGUUGAAAGACUAGAUGAAGAAUUUACUAAAAUGCUACAAUCUGUUGAUGCUCAUAGCACAGACUAUGUAGAAAGAUUAAGAGAUGAACGAAAAGUUUACGAACUAAUUGUUCGUACUGAGAAGUAUAUAGAAUCUAAAUUCUAUACAACAUCCGAUGAAAUAUGUAGAAUAUACCUAAAGAGAAUAGAAUAUAUCCACUAUAAAUUUGAUGCCAAAGUUGUUGACGACCCCAGCAAGUUAACUGAAGAAGACGAUCCUGUGAAAAUAAUGGAUAGAUUAAGUAAAUAUAUAUAUACAAAGGAUAUGACAGAUAGAAUUAGAACGAGGGCAAUCUUAUGCCAGAUUUACCAUCAUGCCAUUCAUGAUAAAUGGUUUGAGGCCAGAGAUUUAAUGUUAAUGUCCCAUCUACAAGACACAAUCGCUCAUUCCGAUGUUCCUACUCAGAUACUAUAUAAUCGUGCAAUGGUUCAAUUAGGACUUUGUGCGUUUAGGCAAGGACACAUUAAAGAUGCUCAUAAUUGUUUAGUAGAUAUGCAAAGUGGAGGUAGAUCUAAGGAGCUUUUGGCUCAAGGUUUAUUGAUGCAAAGAGCCCAUGAAAGAACAGCAGAACAAGAAAAGCUUGAAAAGAGACGCCAAAUACCUUACCAUCGACACAUUAAUCUUGAACUGUUGGAGUGCGUCUAUCUUAUAUCUGCAAUGCUGUUAGAGGUACCAUACUUAGCCGCACACGAAUUAGACGCAAGAAGGAGAAUGAUAUCUAAAAAUUUUCAUCACGUUCUAAGACUUUCUGAAAAACAAGCUGUAGUAGGACCUCCUGAAACUAUGAGGGAACACAUUGUUGCGGCUUCAAAAGCAAUGAAGGUUGGAGACUGGUUGGCAUGCAAACAAUAUUUAAUUAAUGAAAAGAUGCAGCAAAAAGUCUGGUCUCUCAUCCACAAAUCGACAGCAGUUAAAUCUAUGUUAGAAAGAAAAAUACAAGAAGAAAGCCUUAGGACUUAUCUAUUUACAUAUGCUCAUGUAUAUAACUCAUUAUCCCUUGAGUCGGUCUGUUUUCAAUUUGAGUUACCAAUGUCUGUAGUUCACUCAAUAAUCUCUAAAAUGAUCAUUAACGAGGAGCUGAUGGCUUCUCUUGAUGAGCCAACUAAAACUCUUGUAAUGCACAGGACAGAGCCAACACAUGUUCAGGCACUAUGCUUGCAAUUGUCUGAAAAAGUGUCAAAUUUAAUUGAAACAAAUGAAAAAUUAGCGGAAAUGAAACAUGGAAGCUAUUUUUUCAAACAAAAUAACUCUAAUUCAGGGCAACAACAAAAUAGACAAAAUGAAGAUUAUCCCAGAAGAUCUCAAACACAACAAAGGGGAGAUAGGCAAAGAAAUGUUAGAUUUGCCUAAUUCAAUUUCCAUAAAAUUACGUUCUUAUAUUACACAUUUUCGUUAUUUAUUAUUUAAAUACAGCACACCAGAUGCCUGAAAUGUAUUUGCAUACUUUUUUUUAGAUUGUUUAAUAUACAUACAUUUUAUUUUUUUUUUCAAUAAAUUAUUACCGAAG